AUGUCUACCUCGUCGAGCUCGUCGGGCUCUGCCAGCUCCACUUUCUCUCGGGCUAGCGCCCACGCGCUGAGCUAUUACUCGAGUUCGUCAUCGCGUUCCUCUCCCUUUAGCGGGAACUACAUGGUGGAUGGAGAUGGGUUCCUCUACUCCGAUCACAGAGCGGGAGGACCCUAUCUCUGUUCACUCCCAGACGAAUUCUGCCCAUUCGGCAAAGAAUGGUUGGAUCAAAAUCGUUUCCCAGCGCGACAUCAGCACAUUUACGAUACCGUGCGCUCCAUACUAGGAAAACACCAUGUACAGUACCGCGACCUAUCUAUUACUGGCCGAAAGUCUCGUGUCGACCCUGAACCUCAGCCGAUCCCCACACAUUCCCCCCUCUCUGUCUCUGUCGACAUCAUGGACACCCUGCUCGCGACACCAUGUCGAAGUUUUCCUGUCGCUAGAACCGACUCGAUUUUCGGUAGAUGGAACGAUAUUGUCCCUGCGAUCCUGGACGCGCUAGACUCCCGUGAAUGGGUUGCUCUCGGGUGUUGGAGAUAUGGCGUGAGCGAUACUGCUACCGAGAACCCUGUCACUGUGGUCGUGAGUGUCGAAAAGCGAUCCAUGUCGGGGUGGAGUACCGCAAUACGCCGAAUUGAAAUGAUCUUGAGGGGUUUCGACGUGACUGAUGUCGACAUCCUAUUCCAGAAGGAUGAGAUAUGUCGACACGUGGAGAAUCCGGAUCUCCCUCAAGCUGCUUGUACCAAGUUCGCGCAGCCUGGGAUAAGCCUUGGAAUUCAUUCAAGCACAGCGGGGUCCUCGACCUUAGGGGGCCUCGUCGAACUGCAAUUUCCGAACCAUAAAUGGCGUACGUUUGGUAUUACGUGCUUUCACUCGGUGUAUGCGCCGGAGAAGAAUCGACAAAUACUCAAUCAAGUUCAGGGUGCAGGAAAAGGUCAGUAUAUCGCCCCAGGUAAUGACAUUGUUAUUGACAGAUACUAUAGCUUUCCAUCGGUGGCAGCAGCAUCCGGUCUUCCGGGGGAUCGUAUGGCCCAACAUCUACUUAGAGUUGACCAUCCCUCUCUGAGUGAUCUCCGGGGAGCAGUUGAGUCCAAAGCCCGGGGUAUCGCGGCUUUGAAGGACAAUGAGUUUCGGGAAAUCGAGCAACAACUCAGGGCUCGAGAUACAGAUCCUGAUGACGUCUUUGUUGACCCAAAAGAUGAAACCAACCAUAAGGCCACGCUCCGUACCAUCAAUGCUUUGGAACAACAGCACCAGUUCUUCCAAAGCUACAUACAGGACCAGACAUACCUUCUCGGUUCUGUAUUUGCUGGUAGCGGCUAUUGGCGUACACGCGCACGGCAGGAUCAACGUAAAGACCCAACAAUUACUGACUGGGCAUUGAUUGAGAUCCCAAAAGAGCGACUCGGAGAGAAUAUACCAUAUCCCUACUCGCGAUCUCAGAAGCCGGGUCUCAAAUUCAGAGAUGGAGGCUACCUCGAGCACGGGAAAUCGUAUUCGAAAGCUGGACGCUCGUCAGGUUUUACCAUGGGCAACAAGUACGAUGAGACCAGGACGAUGGAACAUGUUUUAUUCAAGUCUGAGAGCAACAUCAUCGCGGAGCCAGGGGACUCUGGGAGCCUUGUGUACGAUGCAGAAACUGGGAGAGUGGUGGGGUUGCACAUCGCAGGAGCAAAGGGAACAAACCGCGCCUACUUCACCUCAAUUCAUGAUGUUUAUCGAGACAUCAUGGAAGUUACUGGCGCUAUCAAUGUUCGAAUGGCUUAA